GAGAGUGGCAUAAACCCUACACACCGCUUCCGCUAUCCUCUUGGCCGAAGUGUCAUGAUGGCUCCCGCGUCGCGGCUCCUCCAUCUAAGCUCCUCUCCCUUCAUCCGCAGUUGCAGGUUCGGUGCCCGCUCCAUCUCCCCUUCUCUUCUCCUCCCCUCCCCCUACUACCACCGCCGCUUCCCUUUCUCCCUCCCCCUCGCGCAACCCCCCUCCCUACGAUCCCACGCCACCUGCUCCGCCGCGGCCAUCGCAGCCGACGGCCCCGUUGCGAGCGUCGAUGAGCCGCCCGCUUCCUCCCAUCCGUGGCCCGAGUGGGACCGGUUCCUCGACAAGUUGAGGGGAAAGGGUUACUUUGUGGUGCCCACCUCCACGAUUCCGGCUGGAAGCGUGGAGGGUGAUGGCGCAAGCGUGUCGUCGGAGCACGAUGACGCGUCCGUGGAGCUCAACCGCGUGAAGAAUGCUUGCCUCAAGUUCUCUCGCGAGCGGUUCGACAUCUUCAGCUCUCUUCCCAGAGAAGAUAUUCAGGCUGUUGUUGAGUAUGGGUGCCCUAAUGUGUUCCGGAAAGCUGUCAACUCAGCAAAAAGGUUGAGAGCUUAUCUGCAGCUUGAUGAAGGAGAUGUUUGCGGUGCCUGCAAUCUAAGAGGAGCAUGUGACAAGGCAUACAUAAUACCAAAGGAAGAUGAGGGACCCCGCACAGUGGAUAUAAUGCGUAUUUUGUUGAGCUAUGCAGUAAAUCUGAAGCAGCUUUCUGGGGGGGCAAAUUCUGCUGUCAAAGAGCAAGUUCAAAAAUCUGCUCGAAAUUUACUCUCUGAGCUAAUUAAGCUCAGUGAUACAAUCAUCGAUCCAACUGUACCCAGGCCUGUAAUGAAGUCUCCUAGUCCAAAAGAACCAUCUCAGAAGGUCAGAAGCGGUAAGGAUAGCAGAGCAUCUAAUGUUGAAAUGAAGAGAGGUGACUGGCUGUGUCCAAACUGCAACUUCCUCAAUUUCGCUCGAAAUCUUCGCUGUCUGGAGUGCAAAGAAGAUGGGCCAAAGAAAGUACACUUGGGCAGUGCUGAAAUGAAAGUAGGAGAUUGGACUUGUCCAGAGUGUGAGUUUAUGAACUUUGCUCGCAACAGGGACUGCUUUCGUUGCCAGGGAGCGCGACCAAAGAGAGAGUUAAAUCCAGGAGAGUGGGAAUGCCCCUUAUGUUAUUACCUGAACUUCAGGAGAAACAGGGUGUGCAAAAAAUGCGAUGGGGACCGCCCUGUAGAUGAAGGCAAUCAGCUUGAAGACCAUUCAUGGAGGUCACCGAAAGAUUCAAAGAAAAACAACCCCAUAAAAUUUGGAGACAGAUGAUGGUGAAGUCGUCGAUCGUGAUGAAUUUUUAGUGUUCACAAGGGCAACACCAGGUAAGAAGAGAUUUACCACUGUGAGAAACCGAAGCUAUCAAUAGGCUGAUCAAUGUAUGUAUCAUGAUAGUGCCGCAUCUAAAUUGUUGCUAGAAGUAUAUUAUUUGGAGAACUUUCUCUCAUACUACAUUUAUUUUGAAAUCCAAAUGUAGGUUUGGCCAGUAGAAAGUAUUUUGAUGACUAAAUUGUUUCUCAUGCUA